AGACAGAGGUUUGGAAAUAUAAGGGAGGCAAUCAAGACCUAACUGACUUACCCAUCAAUUGCUUGAUAAGUCCAUGGACUAUUGAAGAUUUCAAAGCAAAUGUGAUUGAUGAAUUACGAGACAUAAUGGAAAGGACAAUCGUUUGUGAGAUAUUUAAAAACAAUGAGGAAAUUAACUGUCAUCAAUGCAUCAUCAAUCCAAUAGCUGAAAAUUCUUCGUUGACUGAAGAUUAUGACAACUGUCGUAAAAAGAUAAGAGUAUGCAUGGCUUGCGAGAAAAACAAUUUUCUCAACCCAGUAAUCUGUUAUUGCAGUGCAAGGCUCUCAUCCAAGAUAGGCAAUAAAUGGGGAGCAUUAUUGGUUGCUGGUGAUGAUGAAAGUCAAGAGAAAGCAGAUGCCAUGAAAAAGGAAAUACUAGAGUUGGAGAGAGUGGUUACCUCAUUGGCACCACGCAUUAUGGGUAUAAGCAAAGACAAAGUGAAGACAGUUGUACCGGGUGUUACAGAAGAAUCACCAAUAUGGCCAACAAUUAAAAAGCAUAUUGAGAAAUUCAGUGAAGAUGAGGAGAUCAAUACAUUAUUGAUAUACUUUUCGUGUCAUGGUGGAAGUUCUGCUGAUAAAAAUAUGUUUGAACUUGGGAAAAAAUCAGAGUAUAUAUCAUUGGAUGAGUUUCAAAAUGAACUAAACAAAUUGCACAAAAUUGACCGAUUAAUUAUUUUCCUCGAUCGCUGUUUUCCUCCAAAGCUUACAUUUGAAAAAAGAAAAUUCGUUCAGAUAAACGCAUGCAGUGAGGAUAAAAAGGCGGUUCUAAACAAAGAAGGCAGCUUAUUUACAAAGUAUGUCAUUCAUGGAUUGAAAGCUAGAUCAGAAGAGAGAGAAUGUACCAAGGACUGCAACCAUUGUUAUUCCUAUUGGAGCUCGAGAACAGAAUAUGUCUCUAUUUGUAGCUUAUAUGAUUAUGUUAACAAACAUUUAGAACUAAAGGCACCUCAGCCAGACUGGAAAUUGGAAAGUAUUUGGGAUAACAUUGCUUUCUUUACAGAUGAGGUAGUAGAAAUAGAAUUUACUUUUCAUAAGGAACCUUCAGAAGAUGGUUGUAAACCUAUCACUCUAUCUCUUGGAUAUCUGAAAAACAUGGACGAGGUCAAACAAAAGAUUCUUUUGUCUUUUAAAGUUGAUAUAAAGACGCACGAAGUCAAAAUACGAAAAGACACGUUCCGGAAUGAUCAACAAACAGACGAUGAAUGCACAACCUUGGAACAGGUCAUGGAGGCCUGGGUACAAAGGUUUCCACUUUCGGUUACCUUUCAUAAGAAAGAAGGGACAUAG